AUGGCCUCCACUGCGGUUGUACCCCAUAUGGGCAAUGAAUUAGUGGAGGCCAAUCAAGCAGCUCGUUUGCCGGCAAUACCCCAACAAGAAGAACCAAUGUCUCUGGCCGCCACACAUCCCAAUCUAUUGCCAACCGUUAUCCAAUCGGAUAUAAAACAUAACCUCGACUCCCUGGUAAGUCAAUUGUGCAACUUACGUUUGGGAACGAAUCAACAUCAACGUUUGCUGUUGCUGCGCCAACGUCAACUCAUCGAAGAAGAUGAGCUGCGCUUGAAACACUAUGUGGAGUAUGAAAAGUUCCAAAAGGCUUUAAGGCAGGCCAAUGAUGUACAUACAGCUCAACAACAGUAUCUUUACAUACAACCCACCGCAAUUAACCAGCAGGGUUAUUUAAAUUUUGGUAAUGGUCUCGUUCCAUCUUUAAAUCAUACUCCCAAUGCUGCUCCUGGGGUACAAGCGGUACCCCAGCAACAACAAAUCAUAAGUGCCAAUACCCAGACCACGGCCGUUUCGGCUUCUGUGCAGGGAUAUGCUGUAAUGUUGAAUCCACAAAUAAAUAUGCAACCAUCACAACAACAACAACAACAACAGCAGCAGCAGGCGACAGCAACUGCUAUUCAAAUGCAAACAACAAAAAUGCAACAAAUACACCACCAACAACAAUUUGUGCCACAACAGACCACCACCAACACCGAUUUAACGCUAAUCAAUCAACCUAUGCAACAAUUGACGCAGUUGCAGCCACAACCCCAACACCAACCAAUUCAACAGCAGCAACAAUUCCAUCAACAUUUGCAACAACAUCAGCAACAACAUUAA